AUGGAUCCCCAGGUUAAACAGCAGCCUUAUUGCCGAGAGCUGACCUCAAGUCAGACAUGUGAACCAGCGGAGGUAAAGGACAGCCAGUCGAGCUACGUGAGUGAGAUGCUAACUGGCUGCUGGACCAAUUUUGUCAGAGACGACGAGGCAGAGGUCCACAUCGUUAAUCUGGUGUGGAGCAUGAUGGUAAGCAUGUCAAUGUGGGACAAAAACAACGAGAUGCUAAACGGGCAAAUCCUUAUAAUCCAGUGCGCCUUAUGCAUUAAUUCUGAUAUGACUGUUUUCAUUCAUUCGGCAAGAACCAAACCCGGCACUGCCAACUGUACACUUGACAAUGAAGACGUAUCAAAGAAACAUUUUAUGAAGAUGGAAACAAGUUUAUCUUGGCUAAAAUCUUGCACCCCCCACCCACAGAAGGCUGGCAAAGAUGAGCUUCACAUAAUAAACAUCCCAGAGCACUUCAGUGUUAGCAAUGUCUUCCUGCUUGUGAAGACAAUGGAAACCAGUGUGUUCCUGAGAGGCCCCCAGGGCACCACAUGGACCGUCUUCAAUUCUCAAGUGGCCAAGUUUGGGUCCAACAAUGACAUCCUGCUGCCCGCAUUCACACACAUAAUCAAACCGACGCUCACCACUACACUGACCAGUGAUCAGGCAGAGGAUGUGCAGAAGAUGGCGUUAAAACAUUUUACAACCAGUAAUUUCACCAGCUACACAGAAGUCAAAAUAAAUGAGACUUUCAUUUUCCUGGUUCUUGGAAAAGAAAACAACUUUGGAGGGACUUCUCCCACACUUACAGAAACAAUACGACAACAAAACAAUCCCAUGACAACUAACCCCCCUCAUCAGAUGCCUCUGAUCAUGCAGUUGUACACCUCCCCAGACUAUCGUUUACCCUUGAACCCAGACACCAAAGUGCCGAGUGACAAGAGAAUCUAUGCAGAGAUUUCUGGGAGGACUUUAGGGGGCAUUGUAUUGACAAUCAAAGUGAUUAGCUGCUUAGUGCGCUCUAAGGGCCCGUGUUCUGUAGUGAAAGAACUGUCCUCCAUCCCAGAGCCAUGCUUCAGGGAAUCCUGUUACAACAGCACCCGACUCAGCUUCUCAUUAGAUCAGCUCCAGGAGCUGACGUCCACCAAGUGGGAUCUAGAGUGCUCGGUCCAACUUUGCCACGACAAGAAAUGUGGAGAUGGAGGACAAGUGAGGAGGAAUCUCGAGGUUAUGCAGGCACCACAAAAUUCCUCGUGCUUUGAUUUCUGUCUACCUGGUGUUCUGGGUAUUGCUUUUGGAGGGUUUCUGAUUGGAGUAUUACUCAUAGGAGCACUGUGGUUAAUCAAGAUUAAAACAGGAUACCCAGCUGGACUGGACAUGAGGUCGACCGGAGCUGGACUUCCUAGAUGCCCCUGCUCUGGAGCAAAGCGACAACCUGUUUCCAACAACCCGUCCCCCUCCGAGAACAGCAGCGCGAAUGCGAGCAUUGGCAGCACCCAAAGCACACCGACCAGCAGCAUGGCAUGAGAUUACAGCCUGUUCUAGCAGCAGGGCCACCAUCUCCCUUCAAAGUCACCCGUUGGGGGUUUGUGCUUUUUCUCCUGUUGAUGCCUAAAAAGCAUUUGUCAACUCCCCGCUCCCUUUCCUUAAUUCAUGUUUGAAAAGCACAAACGAUGUCUUUGACACACCGUAUCUGAAAUGGAUGUGAGCUGGGAGUUUUGAUGGUGUUGGUGGGAAAGGCUGUUUGAAGAGUAACCAAAGUCUUUUAAUUAACUUCAGAUGCUCACCUUUGCCGUCUCUUUGUAUAGUCAACCUUUUAGACAGGAAGUUAAAGAGGCCAAACAGAAAAAAACAAACAAAAAAAACCUGGCUCCCA